ACCUCAUAUCCACCUUCAUUUUUCCACCAAAACUUCUAUCUCCAAUAUUUAUUCAUAUCUUCACUAAAAAAAAAAAAUGACCAACAAACCGAAUUGGGCUCGAGGUAUUUGCAUUGGCAAAGGCUCAUUUGGGUCCGUAAAUCUAGCGGUUGAUAAAACAAACAAUGAAAUCUUUGCUGUCAAGUCAGUGAAUUACCAAACAACAACCUAUGACGACCGGUUCUGUCAAGCUUUAGAGAACGAAAUUCGUAUUCUUAAAUCGUUGUCGUCGCCAUUCGUUGUUAAAUAUCAUGGCGACGACACGAGUUUAGAGAAUUCCAAGAUGGUCUACCGGAAUUUACAUAUGGAGUAUAUGCCAGGUGGCACCGUUGCUGACUUGGAUAGACACCAAUUGAAUGAUGUUAUGGUUCGAGGGUACACACGGUGUAUAGUUUCGGCUUUGAGCUACAUUCAUUCAAGAAAUAUUGUACAUUGUGAUGUUAAAGGGAAGAAUGUGUUGGUCGGGUCAGUACCCGGAUCCGCCAAGCUGGCGGAUUUUGGGUCUGCGGUGGAAAUGGGUGGUAAUUUAGUUUCAGGGACUCGUGGGAGUCCCUUGUGGAUGGCACCAGAGGUGGUGCGUGGGGAGUAUCAAGGACCAGAAUCUGACGUUUGGUCCUUGGGUUGCACGGUGAUUGAAAUGAUCACCGGCAAACCAGCGUGGCAAGACAGGGGAGUUGACACCCUGUGUCAAAUUGGGUACUCUGAAGAGUUACCCAAUUUGCCAACUCAAAUGUCACAUGAGUUGAAAGAUUUUGUAUCUAAAUGCUUAAGAAGAAACCGUUUUGAAAGAUGGAGUUGUGAUCAGCUACUUCAGCAUCCGUUUUUGUUAACAUGCUCUUCUUCUUCUUUAUCAUUUGAAUCAAAUUGGUCACCAAGAUGUGUGUUCGAUUGGUCAAGCAUUAAUUUGUCUGACGCUUCUUCUGACGAAGAAGGAGAAGCGUCAGAAGUAGAGAAUUCGAAUGUCAAUUCGAAUUCCUCAAAUACAAGACAGAGGAUUGGAACGUUAUGUUCCAACUCAUCUCCCAAUUGGGAAUCCGACGGCUGGGAGUUGGUGAGGGAUGUAACAGUCACCAACUCUGAGCCGUUAGAAUAUGACUCGAUCGUUACCGAGUCGGAAAUGGUAGAGACGUGGCCGGAAUAUCCGGAUUCAGUCGAGAAUAAUGAUGAGGAUGCUACAUUUAGCGGCAAUGAAAGGACAAAUCAGGAAUAUGGAGAUUCUAAUGAGAAUUUACAUAAUGAUGAUAAAUUUACCAACCACCAUGCGCAGAGUACAAGUAGUGGGUGGCACAGUAGAGACACAGAUAAUAAUUAUAGUUGUGUGUAUGUUUCAUUGAAUAUUAAGUUGUUAUUGUUUAAUUCGAUUGGCAUCCGACAUAUUUAUUAUAAAAUUCUGUUCUUGUUUAGUUGCAAGCCAAUUGCUGAUCUUGUUCCAGUAGUGCAAUAUGAGUACAUUAUUUUCAUAUUAAUCUCCCACCAACAUUUUAUUUUGCUAUCAAGACUUGAGAAUUAA